AUGAAUCUGGAACAGUUAAGUAAUGAAUUACUGCUCAAUCUCUUCGAAUAUCUACAAAGUGUCCAUCUACUUCGAGCUUUUUAUCAACUCAAUUCUCGUUUUAAUGGUCUUAUUAUUACACAUUUUCAAAAUCAUGGUCUCGAUUUUCAAUCAAUACCCAAAAAUGAUUUUAAUACUAUUUGCCAACAAAAUCUUCCAUUGAUUGCUGAUCAUAUUACUGCACUACGUCUUUCCGAUGAUGAUGAUACACCAGAGGAAAUCGACAUCUUCCUUUCUAAUCCUCGAGCAUUUCAUCGAUUUACUCAAUUAAAAUCAUUAUCACUUUACCAUAUUUCUUCAAUUGAAACUCUUAAAAAACUCGUCAAACAUUUUGCUCAUCUUCAACAUCUUACUCAUUUUGAUUUAAUCGAUUGUCAUGUAGUCUUUCAGCAUAAAACAUCAAGCAAUCUAAUCAAUCGCAUAUGGCGUUUGCCUAAACUUACACAUUGUCAUCUCGAUUUCCAUUUUCAAUACAACUCAGAUUUUACGAUUCCAAAUAUUCGAUCUAAAUCGAUCGAACAUUUAUGGAUUGAAAAUAUUGUGUUUGAUUUUAAUGAUUUAAAUCGUUUAUUUCGAUCUACACCAAAUAUGCGACAUUUAAUUGCUCGUAUUGAUCAAAUGCCUGAGAAUCAACAAUUUCCAUUUUUCAUCGAAUCAAUAUCGUCUUUGCGCCUCAUCGUUGAUCAUUUAACUAGUGGAACAAUUAAUUUAUUCAAAAAUAUGCCUAAUUUAACUUCUUUAACUCUUCAAACUGGAAAACAUAAUAUGAAUGGUCAUCGAUGGGAACAAUUUAUUAUCGAUUAUUUGCCAAAAUUAAAAAUAUUUCGAUUCUGGAUGCUUUUUUUAGCUGAUACAGACGAAGAAGUGAAUGAAAUUAUCGAUUCAUAUCGAACUCCAUUUUGGCUCAUUCAUCACCAAUGGUUCAUACGAUGUCAUUGGGCUUUAUCAAACGACAAAAUCAUGGUUUAUUUACACACUUUACCAUAUACUUUCUCAUUUUACACAUACGCUAUAUGGAACUCAAAUCCUCGUACAAAAUCAACAUGUUCCGAUGAAAAUAAUUAUUUAUGUUACAAUCAUCCAACUAAAUUGAUAUAUUCUCGUUCGUCAUUAUAUGAUUCAUUACUAGAUCAUAUUUGCUUUCAUAAUAUUCGACGUCUUGAAGUAACAAUUCCUUACUCGGCUCAAUUAUUAUCUAUUCUUCCACGACUCGAUCGAUUGAUUUCUCUCGAUGUGGGCAGUGAAUUCGAUAUCGAUGCCAGCAUUGCCCUAUUGCAAUUAAAUGAUUUAAUCAAUAAAACAUCUCGUCUUCGUUCACUGACAAUCGGGUAUUGGGAUGCAUCUAUUAUUCAAGAUUUACCAUUGCAUAUUAAUAUUAGUUCAAUUCAUCGUCUUCGACUCGAUUUACAGAGUUACCAUUAUCUAAAACGUGAUCGCUGUUUCAAUAGUGAACAGUGUGCGAUUUUACUUCGCUCGUCAUGGGCGAAACAAUGUGAAGUUCUUCAAAUUGUUGUCAAUGAUCGAUCAAUGAUAGAUGAUAUAAUAAAUGGAAUGCCAAAUUUAAAAGCUUUAAAAGUGGUAUUACAACCUGGUCGAUCGGAUGAUUAUUUGACGACCAGAGAAGACAUGAUUACAUGGAUGACGUCAAAUUAUUCACGUAGUUGCACAGAGAACUUAGAUGGCACUGAAACUAUUCGAUUUUGGAUUCGUGGAUAA